AUGGAGCCGCCCCAAGACAUGGCUAAGGUUUCCAACACAGAGGACAGUCACCACGGGCGGGUCCAUUCCCUGUAUGCAGCGCCGUUAUCUCAGAGAAUUUCCCAAACCCACUUGGGAAACAUGCAAGCGAGGGGGUCGGAAUCCUCUUCUCCAGCCUGGAACGCCCAGGAGCAGGGCAAGCCCGCUAAUCUGUCCAAAGUCGAGUUCAAGGAGGGUCCUGGGCACCGGCUGCUGAAAAUGCUGAGAAAAACUCUUAAAGGGUCUGGAAAUAAAGAACAAGAAGUAACACGUGAGACACCAAGUUUGGUGCCAUUUGGGGAUGUGGUCGGCUGCCUGGCCAUUCAUGUAAGAAACUGCAAACAUUUUACGCCUAAGAUCAUUUCCCAGCAUUACAGUAAUUUGUUCAUUCGCAUCUCUAUUAACAAGGUGGUGAAAUGUACAAAAACUUGUAGCUUGAUAUCUCAAAACACUGAAAAGGACUUUAUGAUUACAUUUGAUGAAGUGAAGUAUUUUUCUGUACAGGUUCCCAGACGUCAAGAUGAUGAGAAGAAUAAUAUUCGCUUAGAACUAAUGCAACAUGACAGUACAAAAAAGUAUCUUCUUUUGUUAGGGAGUGUUCAGGUACAUCUUUAUGAAGUAAUUCAGAAAGGGUGCUUUGCUGGAGAAUUCCAAAUGUUGAAUAAAAAUACAUUUAUCUGCAGGGUGGAGGUGGAAUUUAUGUUCUCCUAUGGAAACUUUGGUUAUGGAUUUUCACAUCAGUUAAAACCUCUUCAGAAAAUUAUUAAGCCAUCUAUGUUUAUGGAUAUUGCACCACCUCCAGAAAGAACAGACCCUGUGACAAAUGUUAUUAUACCACAGCCAAUAGCAUAUCCAGCAUUCUUAUCCCCAGACCUGAACGUUAGUGUUGGGAUGCCAACCACAACAUCCCAGUCCAACCAGCCAUCUGUCGUGCAACUUGAAAAACUUCAGCAACAACCCCGGGAAAGGCUGGAAAAAAUGAAAAAGGAAUAUAGACAUCUAAGUACAUGGGCAGAAAAAGCUAGCUAUUUAGAAGGACUUCUUACCCCAGGAUUAGAACAUAAAGAACCUAAGGAAAGUAAUAUCAAUGAGAUACUAGAAAGCCAAUUGGAAGAGAGACCUACAGAUACUGUAACAUCAGGUAUCUCUCUAGUAAAGGAGCAAGCUGAAACUAUUCUAAGUGAGUUACUGGACAAUGAUAAUGAUGAUGAUAAGAAAGGCCUGACUCUACCAGCUUUGAACCAGUCAAGUAAAGAUGAUUCAAGUAUUGUUGCUCCUAAAACUGAUGUGCCAUCAAAGGAAACAGAUACGCCAUUGUCCACUGUUUCUAGGCUGUCAAUAACAGAAGAGGACCAAAUACCACCUUUAGAGGAACACCGGCAAGAAGCCAUGCCAGUGAAAAAAAUGAAAAAUCUCUUCUUUCUACCAGAAGAAAAAUUAAAAGAGAGAUAUCCAGGCCUUUUUAAAACUGACUCAUAUACAUCAGAGGUGGUUUUCUCACCAAAAGAAUACAUUUCACCGUGUUUCAAACCAGAAUAUACAGAAUUCAAACCAGCAUAUCAGAAAUUCAACAUCAAGAAUGGUUUUGAUCCUUUUCUAAGGAAUAUAAACAACAAAAUGCCAGUUCAAAAAAGGAAAGACCAAGAUAUGCUCAAAUGUAGAGAUAUUUUAAGUACAGAGAUUAUAGAGCAUGAAGAUCAAGAUCCUCCUUACCCAACACAUUCAAAAACUGCAAGACCUGCUAAUAAAACCUGGCCCCAUAAUCUUGAUAUCAUUUCAAUAAAGGCUUUAGACACUAAGAAUAAGUUAGCUGGUGAUCCCGGUAUCACCACAGUAAAGACUUCAGACCCUGAGAAUAAUGUGGCCCAUGAUCCAGGUGUCAUCACAAUAAAGACUCUAGACACUACGAAUAAUUUAGCUCAUCAUCCUAGUAUCACCAAAAUAAAGACUUUAGACACUAAGAAUAUAUUACAGGAAAGACUACCACAUGUUUCUUUACCAAACUUUGAGGGAGACUCAUCAGUGACUGAAAAAGUAAAUGUACAUAAAUGUCGCCUCUCAAAAUCAUUAAGUCUUACUUCCCACAUAGAAAAUUUAAAACAAUCAAUGGUGCUCAAGUCAAUUUUAAGUAAAAAUCUGCAAGACCUUUCAGAUAGAUUAUUUUCUACACCAGGAGUUCCUAUGGACCCUGCAGCAAGAAAGAAAAGUUACAGUUCUCCACUUCUAACGGUUAUCCAUGAUGAACAACCAAGUAGUUUGGAAGAUAAAGUAUUUGAAAAAAUUCAAGAUUUAAGUAACCGGCUUUCAGAAGGAGGCAUUUUAAAUUCAAAGUCUCUUUUAAGUAAAAUAAUUAAAAAUAUUCCCACAGAUUCACUUUCAGAAGGCAGACCAGGAAAUUCUCCUGAGGCAGAAGAAGAACCUGUCUCUGAAAAACACUUACAGCCUGGUGAGAUAGAUUUUCCAAUUAAAAAAAAGAGUAGUUUCAAAAAGAAACAUUCAAAAAGUGAAAUAUCUAGCUCAAAACCAGAUUUGAAUAGCCUUGUAUAUGAUUAUGUUAUAAAGCAAAUAUUCACUGCACCGAUCUUCUCAGAGUUGGCGAGAGGAGUGAAAGAAGCAAGUGAGACACAGAUAGACUCGCAGAGUCAGUUACCCACAGCUUGGGAGAGUUUGCUCUCUUCCAAUGUUCCAGUUCCCCACUAUGAAGAAAGCAAUAAUGAAAUAGAAUUUCCACCAGCCAAUUCUGUUAUAAGCCAGAUAAUACAGGCAUUUCCUGUAAAUACUCUUUUAGAAUCAGGGGUAAUCAAAGUGAUGGAAUUAGAUAAAGAAUACCAGAAAGGUUUUUUGCUGGAUAAAGAGACAACUUUUGCUGAAGAAAACCCAAAGGAUUCCACAGAAUAUUAUUCAGAAAUCAGAGGCAAAGCAGAACCUCUUUCAGACCAGAAUUCAGCCAUCAUUCACCAAGAAACCACUUCUUCUUUUAAAAGAGUUGAAUUCAUAGACAAAGGCCAAAAUACAUCCUCACGUGAAUCAAAAUACCAGUCGACACCAGAUAAAAAACAAGAUUUGCCAAGUAAUGGUCAGAGACUUGAUAGAGAAGAAAAUGAUACAAGUUCUACUUUAGAAAACUUAAGUACCUCAUUAAUGGGUAAACUUAAUGACUCUGAUGUAAUAAUGUUAAAAUCUUUUUUGAAAAACAUAUUUAAAUUUUUUUUAAAAUAUAAUCAAUCUGAAAACAGACCACCAGAAAAAGAAUUAGAAAGACUAAUUCAACAUCCUUUUCCAAAUAAGACAGAAGACUUUGAAGAAAUCGAAGAGAAUUUUGAUAAAGCAGACAAAUUGGACAGAAAACCUGUUUUGAAUCCAAAGCUCCGUAUAUUUCUAGAAGAACUCUCAGAGUCAGAAAUAAAAAAUUUAAAAUCUGAAUUAAGUAAACAUGUCCAGCAUUAUCUUGUAGAAAGGCUUUCAGAAUCAGGACAUAUCACCAAAGAAGACUUACCAAAAAUCUAUCAAAAUCUGUAUUUGAUGAAUGAGAAAGUAGAACCAAAAGGACAAAAUAUUUUUCUGGAGAAGUAUUCAGAAACUGUAAAAGAAAUCAUGUCUUUCGUAAAUAAUUUUAAUCAUCAUUUCAUAGAUAAACAUUUGGAAAUAAAACUAAGAUCUUUUUUAAGUGAAAUUCUCCAAAACUAUUUCCUGAAAAACCUUUCAGACAACAGUUUAUUUAAAGAGACAGAAUCUGACCCUAUGUGCUCAAAAGUAUCUUCUCUAAGAGCUGAAAGUGCCUCAAUAUCUUUCCACGAGUUAGGACAAGACACUUCAAGCGGGAGUUUUGGCAGUAGACUUGAAAUAAACAUGAAAUAUCCCUUAAAUAAAUCUCUACAAAGCUAUCUUAUAGCUUUAUCAGAAAAUGAAAUCUUAGAUCUAAAAGCUGAUUUAAGCAAACACCUCCAGAGCCUUUUUAUAGAAAAACUGUCAAAAUCAGGACUAAUCACAGAAAGGCAAUUAGAGGGGAUAAGCCAGCACAUAAAUUUGGUUAAUUUUAGUUCCACACCACUAAAAUAUAUAAACCCAGAUUUGUCUUUAAGAGAUGAAAAUCAGUUUGUGGAGGAGCAUUCAGAAAAGCAAAAUAAAUAUUCAAAAAUUGCUCAGAAAACCACUUUACAAAAAGUUCCCAAGGAUAGACUUGUAGAAACAGAGUUGACCAAAAAGGAAGAAAAAGAACUUUUUUCCUUAGAAAAUAUUAAAGAAAAUCCACCAAUAAUUCGGGGACAGAAAAGACAUUCUCAAGAAGCUAAAAUACUGAGAUUAAUUAAAGUACAACCCUGUUCCAACAAAAACACUCAGGUGAGUCCACUAAAUAAGUCUUCAGAAAGACUUACAGAUACAGUGCCUAAGAAAAAAAAGAAAGAACAUGGUUUCAUGCAGUUUCCUCAUAAAGAAAAUUUUGAAUUUAAAACUGAGACUCAAGACCCGCAUAAUUGGAGUGGUAAAUCAAAAAUAACUCAAUCAAAGGCUUGCUUUGAAAAGACACUAAAAAUGAAGUCUCUUGACAAAAAGAAUCACAAUAACACCUAUAAGUUGAUGGUACAGGAAAAACCUGAAGCAGUAUUGUCACCAUAUCAAAGAAUUCCUAAUUGCAAGAUGCCAAAUGAAGAUGAGGAAUAUGUAAACAAAUUCACUUUUCCUUCCAGGCAAAAUAAUAUUCUAACUUGCCUCAAUUCAGAGGCUGGAGAGAAAUCAAAGUUAGAAGACCAGUAUCAUCAGAUAUUUAAAGGAAAUAAUAACAAUAAUAAAAAACAUUUAGAAAUAUUUGCACAUUACAAAGAAGAAAUACAAACCCUUUACACCAAACCAAAUGAACUUUGCAAUGAAAAAUGUGCCUGGGUGCCUGAAUCACAAUUGCUUAAAAUUUUGAUAGCUGAGAAAAACUCAAAACCAUCUCUCUUCCCGGAAGUACCAAAGAGAGAAAAUCUAAAGCCCAAGGUCAGAAAAGAAAGAGAUCAUGUCAGCAAAAAAAAGUCAUUUAACAAGAUAGUUAGUGUAUUACCAACUACACCGCCCAGCACAGGAAUCCAUCCAAGAAAAUCUGUUCCAAGGACAUUGCUUCAUUGGACUGCAAGAAGAACUACACAUGAUUGUUCGCAUAGAUUUGAGGAAUUACAUGUGACUUCAUUUAAGCACCUUGAAAAUGCAAAAUCAAGAGCAAGACUUUUAGAAAAGAGCCCAGAUGAUAGCCAUAAUCAGUUCAAACGCUUUGCAAGACCAUAUACUGCUCCAGAGGUUAACAAAAGAGGAGAAAGCUACACUGGAAAAUUUACAAGUCCUCGAAUGGUUUCAGCAGGCUUAAUUCAUAUAAAUGAUUCAAUCCCAGAGUAUGAAAUCCAUAAAAUGCGGCCAAAAAAAAAAUUUAAAAGAGAAUAUUGA